AUGAAGAUAUCUGCAGCAACUACUGUUAGACUUCACUUGUACCGGGAUGGAUUUCAACCAGAUUAUUGGAUUUGGACUGAACACGGAGAAGUGAAGCCAAUGGUUGAAACAAGAGGUGGUUCGACUAGUAGUAGGAUUGUGCAUCAUGACGACCAAUUUAAUGCAAUGGAUGAAAUGGUGUUUGAUGCUUUUAGGCCUUAUCAAGAUGUCCUUGAUGUGAACACUAACAUGGGAAAUGAGACAUUUGCUGAGGAUGAGUUGUCUAACGAAGAUGCAAAACGGUUUUAUGACAAGUUGAUAUCCACCAACAAGCCCAUCUACGAGGGGGCUACCCAAUCAAUGUUAUCAAUUUGUGUUCAACUUCUGGCAAUUAGGUCUAAUUGGCAUGUUCCACAAAAAGGUAUAGAUUUUGUUACAAAAAUGCUUAAAAGUGUAUGUCCAAUGCCAACAUGCUUGCCUGAUAACUAUUACCAAGCAACACAAUUGGUUUCAAAGUUAGGGUUGAAGGUUGAGAAGAUUGACUGUUGUAAGAAAGGAUGUAUGUUAUAUUACAAGGACGAUAACAAGUUAUCUGAGUGCAAAAUUUGUCAUUCUCCUAGGUUCAUUCCACGUAGGACUUGUGUAGGAAAAUACAAAGAUGUUCCAGCAAAAAGAAUGUUUUAUUUCCCUAUCAUUCCUAGAUUACAAAGAUUGUAUGCAUCAACAGAGUCUGCAGCUGAAAUGAGAUGGCAUCACGAGAAUAAAAAGAGUUCAAAUAUCCUUCGCCAUCCGUCUGAUGGAAAAGCGUGGAAACAUUUUGACAAUGUAUAUCCUGACUUUGCUAGUGACCCCAGAAAUUUAAGGUUGGGUCUAUGUUCAGAUGGAUUUACUCCUUAUAUUCAAGCGUCUGCUUCUCCAUACUCCUGUUUGCCAGUUAUAGUCACUCCAUACAAUCUUCCCCCUGAAAUGUGCAUGACCAAAUCAUACUUAUUUUUGACUUGUCUCAUACUUGGACCUUUUAAUCCCAAACAAAAUAUAGAUGUCUACUUGCAACCAUUGAUUGAUGAUUUGCAACGAUUGUGGUCCAACGGCAUUUUGACCUAUGAUAUAUCCACAAAACAAAACUUCAUCAUGAAAGCAUGCUUGAUGUGGACAAUUAACGAUUUUCCCGCAUAUGGUAUGUUAUCUGGAUGGGGAACACAAGAAGAAGUAAAUGAAGUUUUACAAAAAAUAGGGAUGAGAAAGACAGUGAACCUUACAUUUACACAGGUAAAACAAAGAGACUUGUCUUUAUUAUGCUUUUGCGGGGACUUGGAGAUGCAAGUCUUAUCUAACGGAAAGAUGGGUAAACCAAAGGCAAAUUACACUUUGACAUCAUCAGAUGCCAAGUUGGUUUGUAAAUGGCUUAAGGAUUUGAGAAUGCCUUAUGGCUAUGCUUCAAACCUUGCUAGGUGUGCCGAUGUUGAGAAGGGUAUGAUACAUGCGAUGAAGAGUCAUGACUGUCAUGUUUUCAUGGAAUGUUUACUCCCAAUUGCAUUUCAUUCCUUGCCAGAAUUUGUUUGGAAACCAUUAACCGAGCUAAGUCGAUUCUUCAAGGAUCUUUGUUGCAAUACAUUGAGGUUGGGCGACUUAGUUAAGUUGAAUGAUAACAUUCCAAUUAUCAUAUGCAAGUUAGAAAGGAUUUUUCCACUAGGUUUCUUCGACUCAAUGGAGCAUCUUCCAAUACAUCUUGCCUAUGAAGCAAUGUUAAGUGGUCCAGUACAUUACCGGUGGAUGUAUCCAUUUGAAAGAUGUAUGGGAGUCUCAAAGCGGGCAGUGACAAAUAAGGCUAGGGUUGAAGGCUCCAUAUGCGCUGACUAUAUACAACGCGAGACAGCUUAUUUUUGUUCUCAUUAUUUCAAGUCAUUCAAUUUGUUGCCGACCACAAAUUUAAGUAAUAAUCGUCUUUUAGAAUGUGAUGAUCUCCAACCUUCACUAUCCAUCUUGCUGAAACGAGGUCGACCUAGUGGGAAGUCUGGAACACAUUAUCUAACAGAUAACGAAUGGAAAUAUGCUCAAGUACACGUGUUGAUUAAUUAUGAUGAAAUUAAACCAUAUCUUGACUUAUUCUUGGAGAAUCACUCAAUCAAUGAAGAAGACGCAUCUAGACGUCUACAUGCAGAGUUUCCCAUAUGGCUGAAAGCAUAUGUAAAUAACGAGACAAAUGAAGUGACCAACAAAGACAUAAUAGCAAUAUCUCGUGGUCCUUCAUCAAUGACAAUAUCUUGGAACAUUUACUUUGUUAACGGGUACACAUUUCACACUAAGGCCUACAUCAUUAAUAAAAAGACAAUCAAUAGUGGGGUGCAUGUAAGGGGUCUUACUGAAGGAGGAGAAGAUGAUUACUAUGGCACGAUCAACUAUAUCAUAGAACUAGAUUACUUUGGUCUGAAGGACACGGUUGCAUUAUUUUAUUGUGAAUGGUUUGACCCAACAAAAAAUAGGGGUACAAAGAUUCAUCCACAAUAUCAAAUUGUUGAUAUUAAGAUGGAUAAACGUUAUCGUCUUUAUGAUCAUUUCAUCCUGGUGCAAAAAGCAAGACGAGUGUAUUAUGUCCCCUAUCCAGAAAUGUGUAGAGAUAAGCGUGGAUGGUGUGUGGAAAUUACCACAAAACCAAGGGGUCACGUGGAGAUUGACAACACAGAGGAUGAAAUGCCUUAUCAGUCUGAUGGGAUGUCACAUGUUCUACCAAUUGCAAAAAUAGAACCAAUAUCUUGUUUACGUGACAACUCACAAAUGACUAACAAAGGUGGUGGUGAUAAAGGAAAGGCCCAUCCUACUAGGGGUAAACCAAAGAUGUUGCGACCGGGUAAACUUAAUGAGCAAUGGGAUGUCAUAUGUCACAACUUGUCUACCACAAGGCCACUUCAUUGUUCGUCUCCAGCCCCGUCUCAGCCUCCAACAUCAACUAAAAUUGUAGCACCUACUGAUACUAUAACACCACCAUCCCACUCGACACCAUCUCCCAUCCAUGCCUCAACCCUUGAGGUAUUUGUCUUUUUGCCGACUCCAGGUUUAAGUAUUCAUACCAUGGGUGCCUCUUCACAACAUUCCCCACAUGGGGCUUUGGUAGAGAAGAAUGUGGAACAAACUUCCGAUGGUCAUGAGGAUAGGGUGGAAAUUGGAGACCACAACCAAGAUGAUGAUGAGGUGGGUCAAGGGAAUGUUCCUCCUAUCGUGCUUGUGAGAGAUGAUAAUAGAAAAGUCAUUAUACGACCUUAUGGUAAAGGACUCACUCCUAGCAACACAGUUGCAGAUGCCAUUAGGUAUGCCAUACAAAAACAAUUUUGGGAGCCUAUCUAUGAUUGGAGUGCAACCACUGACAUCAUUAGACAAGAUUGGUUUUAA